CAGUGGCAGCGCGGGCGUCUGGACGCUGUGGCGACGCCGCUUCUCUCAUCCGCCGCCGCCGCCGCCGCCGCCCCCAGCAGUCUGGGCCCAGCCCGUGCCGUCGGCUGCUCGUCCCGCGAACCCAGCGCAUCACAAAUCUACAAUGAUUCCUGACAGAUUAGAUAUCUUGCGCCUACUUCUGUUCGCUGCAUCAAUACGAAUAGGCGCAGCCAUCCGCUGCUACGAGUGCAUCCCCACGGAGGAGGACGACUGCAGCAAGCUGCCGUCCAGCCUCGCCAACUGCAGCCACGAGGCGGUGACGAGUGCCGUCGCCCUGCUCACCGGGGGCACCAAGGCCACGCUCGACGCCCCGCCUGACGACUCCCAGCUGCGCUGCCUCAAGCUCCGGGGCUCAGACAGCUCCGGCGGCCCGGGAACCACCAUCAGGACCUGCAUGUUCUCGAUACCCAGCAUAUGCGGUGUCCUGCAGGAGAGCGUCGCCCUGACCAAGGGCAGCAAGCCCGCGCAGCUGGAGUGCUUCGUGUGCGACACGGACGGCUGUAACACGGCCCCCGCGCUCGUCCCGGCGUCCCUCCUGCUCUGCCUGCUUGCCGCGUCCGCCAUGUCAUAGCCCCACUCGGCCGAACAUAGCCGUAGCCAAGUUUAGGUGUCACUCAGUACGCUGCAUACACAAUAUCUGAAAGCCUGGCGUGUGUUUAGUGCAUAACAGCUAUGAAACUACAAGCCAGUGUUGUUCAACUUGUGGCCCAUCUGGUGAAUUAUUGCCACCUGUGGACAAAAGUGGGGAGAGGAGAUUAGGGGAUGAUAAAUCCCCCUUCCUCAAAAUCCUUAAAAAUAUUAUUAUUCCCACUAACAAAUGGAAAGAAUUUUAAAAGCAAACAGCGGGCAUGGUGAUUCUGUCCCCCCCCCCCCCCCCCCUCCCCAAAUUGUAAUUUUGUGUAUGCUUCAGCAUGUGGAUGUUUCAGCAAGCGUUUUUCUUCUUACUACCUUCAAAAAUACGAGGCUGACUUGGCUACACAUACAGCAAACACCUGGCAGCACCUCUGUGACUUCUGGCUGUCUAAUGGAUGCAUUUCAUAACUGAUGCAAGAAAUCAUGCUAAUUUUGUUUCAUUCACCAAAAAAGCGAUAUGAAUUAAAAUACAUACAUAUACAAAAAAUUUAAAGACAACUUUUUUUUUGUAAAAAUGAUUUAGCUAUCCUUAACAGAAAUAGAAUGUUUAACUUUAUUAUCUUUAUUUUAUUACAAUAAAUUAUUAAAUACAAUUUUGUAUGACCACUUGAUUUCAGAACUGUAUCAUAUAAACUUUCAAAUAUAUUAUAUGCUACAGGGGCGAAAAACUGUAAUUUCCAGAGAAAGGCCCGCAGGGUUGCAUUUAUCAACCCCGUUUCACAGUUAUGAUAUUUCAAGCGCAAACGAGCCCCUUCAGUGAUAUGCUUUUUGCCAAGCAGCCUCUCCCACCCACCCCUUCCCCCAAAAUUUAUGCCCAUGGGUAGGCAGAUCCAAAGUAAAUAAUAAAAAAAAUUUGUUUCAUUUAAAUGUAAUUUCAAUUUAUGAUUCAUUUGAUUAUUUGUAAAAAUAAUUACAAACAAAUCUUGGUGAUAAUUUUGCUGGACUCAGAAUCAUCCAUCUUAUCCCUGUCGAUCACAUGACAUGCAACCAAUCAGAUGGUCAGAUAAAUUCCAGCUGCCCAUGCGUCAAAACCUUGCCAAGCUUUCAAUAGAUGGACGGAUUAAAUUACAACCUCAAAAAUGUCUGAAAGGCAUUUCCUUUAUUUUAAAUGGUUUCUUUUCCAUGUUAUAUUUUUAACUUACCUACAAACACUUUGAAAGUUUGAUAUUUCAAAAAAAAAAAAAUUGUUUUGGCCACAAAAGUAAUUAAUAAUGAACGGUAAAUCGACAAUAUUUUUAAAUAAAGAUUAUAGUUUGUUUAAUCACUUAUAAAAGCUUAGCGUACAUGAUCGUCAGGCUGGUAAACCUGUACGAGAGAAAUUUUCACAAACAUUUAAGCCUUAAUAGUUAGUUGGCAGCAAACAAGUAGAAAAAUAUAAUUACAGACGUGCAGGUCACUGUGAAUCGCUCGGCUUCUUGACGGUCGGGCGUGACAGAUCAUUUUGAGUCCAGCUUUAUGAUUAUGAAACUGUACUGCCCACAGCACUAUUGCUGAGGACAUAAUUGACCUUUAGAUUAAAAUAAAAAAGCUGAAGAGCAUUUCUCUGGGCAAAUUAAAAAUAAAUGAUUGUAAAUUAAAAGUUAACUCCUUGCCCCUGUUCAAGAGUGACAUCAUUGUUCAUCAAGCCUUUCAGAUAUUGUGCGCCUACUGUAUGUGUCAUUGUCACCGUGUAGUACAAGGGUUGGCAUCCCUAUCGGGUUUUGCACCUCGCUUGGUAGACCACAACACUUUUGUUUGAAAAUUGUUUACCUGAGAUUUCUUAACAUUUUAGUUACUCUUGAAACUAAAAAAAUAUAUAUAUAAUAAAACAAAGUAAUUAAUUCUGAAUCAUUGUCAAGAAAGAUAAUUUCUGCCAGAACUUGAAAACUGAAAUAUUAUUAAAAAUUAUUUGAAAAUUUGCAUUUAAAAAACAGACAUUUUAAACAAAACAAUUAUGUACAGAAUUUGUAUUUCCAUUAUAUUUUUACAUGCCACAUAUGCUUUGUCUGUAAGCAUUGUAAGUUUAAUAAAAUUUGUUGAAUAAUAAAAAAAUUAAACUUUUAAA